AUGGCAGCGGCAGCAUCGUUCCUAAAACUUCUUCCUGCUCUUCUUUCCCUUCUCCUGAUCAUCACCCCCUCACCCUCAACCCUCGCUCUCUCCUCCUGCAACGGCCCUUGCAGCGACCUCAGUGACUGCGAUGGGGAGCUUAUCUGCACCGGCGGACGCUGCAGCGAUGAUCCCGACGCUGGCACUCGCAGUUGUACUGGUGCAGGAUCGCCUCCCAAGGAUGAUGGGUGUAAUCCGAUCGGACCUAUGGUGUGCGAGGAGACGAGCUACCCCACUUACGCAUGCUCUGCUUCAGUUUCUUCCUCCACCAAUGCCACCCUCACGCUCAACAACUUCAGUCGAGGAGGAGAGAAAGCUGGGCCAUCGGAGUGCGAUGAGUCCUUCCAUGACAACUCGGACCAGCUGGUGGCUCAGUUGAGUGGGUGGUUCGUGGAACAAGCUCGCUCUGGCUUGAUACAGAUGUUGGAGAGGUGGGCAUUCCUUGAACCAUAG